GCUGACUGAGUUUCAGCACUGCAGAUCUUCCUGUCAGCCUUCAGCCGCUCUUUCUCUCAGUUUGCUGGUGAAAGACAAAAAGCAUUGAGAGGAGGGAGGAGGAGAAUUGUGAAAGGAGUCUUUUUACUGAUGAUGGACGAGGAUUUCUUUCUUUUUAACUAAUCUUUAAAGCCCCUGCGGCCUGGCUGAGGAUUCCUCCAAUCUGUGAACCGAUGGGCAUGUGACAUCACCCCCUCCGCCCCAUCUCUCCCUCCUUACAUCAGUGCAUCUGGCCAAUCAGUGCUCAAGGAGAUCCGGUCACAUGAGAAUCCCCCCCAGUCUUGGUUACCAUGACAACGAGCACUGGUCCAGGCAGCAUCUUGCUGUGGUGAGAAAAGAGGAGGUGGAGGGGGGAAAGAAGGCAGGAGGAGAGGCAGAAAGAGAAGAGGAAAGGGAGGAAGGAAGAUAGAAAGACAACAAUUCCAUUCUGAGGAAUAGCUUUUGGAUCUUCAGCUUGUUCCUGUCUUCAUUCAGUACAAAUGAAGAUUCCUGAGGCUGGGAGUUAAAGCUCUCUAGCAGAGAGAGGGUUUUUCCAGAGCUGAGGCUGGACCCAGAAGCCCCUUUCUGGGGGUGAGGGGACCUCACAGCCCGGGAGUUAGUCUGGACCAUGGGAGAUGGAGGUGCCGGUGCGGCUGGAGGAGAUGGGGUGAAUCAGUCCCAUGUCCUGUUUGACAACUUUGUCCAGGCGACCACAUGUAAGGGCAUUCUCAAGGCCUUCCAGGAGCUAUGUGACCACCUGGAAGUAAAGCCCAGUGAUCACAGGAUCUUCUAUCACAAACUCAAGUCCAAACUCAACUACUGGAAGGCCAAGGCCCUCUGGGCCAAGCUAGACAAGAGGGCCAGCCACAAGGAGUACAAGAAGGGCCGUGCCUGUGCCAACACAAAGUGUCUGAUCAUUGGUGCGGGGCCAUGUGGCUUGCGUACAGCCAUCGAGCUCGCUUUCCUGGGGGCCAAAGUUGUGAUUCUGGAGAAGAGAGAUGCCUUUUCUAGAAACAAUGUGCUGCACCUCUGGCCCUUCACCAUCCAGGAUCUCAGGGGUCUCGGGGCCAAAAAGUUCUAUGGGAAGUUCUGUGCUGGUGCUAUCGAUCAUAUCAGUAUUCGGCAGCUUCAGCUCAUGCUUCUCAAAAUGGCACUCCUGCUGGGCAUCGAGAUCCACGUGAACGUAGAGUUUAAAAGCCUUAUUGAGCCUCCUGAAGAUCAGGAAAGUGAAAGAAUUGGCUGGAGAGCUGAGAUCCACCCUAGGACACACCCCGUCAGCGAGCUGGAGUUUGAUGUCAUCAUUGGAGCAGAUGGAAGGAGAAACACGUUACCAGGGUUUCGGCGCAAGGAGUUCCGGGGAAAGCUCGCCAUCGCCAUCACUGCUAACUUCAUUAACAGGAACACAACGGCAGAGGCAAAAGUUGAAGAGAUCAGCGGCGUGGCCUUCAUCUUCAAUCAGAAGUUCUUUCAAGACCUCAGAGAAGCAACCGGCAUUGACCUGGAAAAUAUCGUCUAUUACAAGGAUGACACGCAUUACUUUGUGAUGACUGCCAAAAAACAGAGCCUGCUGGAGAAAGGAGUCAUUCUACAUGACUAUGCAGACACCGAGCUUUUGCUCUCCAGAGCCAACGUAGACCAGGCUGCCUUGCUGUCUUAUGCACGUGAAGCUGCAGAUUUUUCAACCAACCACCAGCUGCCCACACUGGACUUUGCCAUCAACCAUUACGGCCAGCCUGAUGUAGCAAUGUUUGACUUCACCUGCAUGUAUGCUUCAGAAAAUGCCGCCAUGGUGCGCCAACGCAAUGGGCACAAGCUGCUAGUGGCGCUUGUUGGCGACAGCCUGUUAGAGCCCUUCUGGCCCAUGGGGACUGGCAUAGCCCGAGGUUUCCUGGCAGCCAUGGACUCGGGCUGGAUGGUGAAGAGCUGGGCCCAAGGAAAAACCCCUCUUGAGGUGCUGGCUGAGAGGGAGAGCAUAUACCGCCUUCUGCCUCAGACCACACCAGAAAAUGUCAGUAAGAACUUCAGUCAGUACAGUGUGGAUCCUACGACUCGUUACCCCAACAUUAGCCUCAACUUCCUCAAACCUAGCCAAGUGCGGCACCUGUUUGACACGGGGGAGUGCAGGGAAGUUCGCAUCGAAAUCGAGAACGUGAUCAACUCAUCAACCCCCAAGUUGGCCAGGAAUGACAACUGCCUGCUUGACAAGCAGUUGCAAGAAUCCAUAGCUCGGUCCAGUAAGCUGCUCAACUGGUGCCAGAGGCAAACAGAGGGCUACAGGAAUGUUAAUGUGACAGACCUCACCAUGUCUUGGAAGAGCGGCCUGGCCCUUUGUGCCCUAAUUCACAGAUACAGGCCUGAUCUUAUUGACUUUGAUUCCCUGGAUGAACGAGACCAGGAGAAGAACAACCAGUUAGCUUUUGACGUGGCAGAAAGGGAAUUUGGCAUCUCACCAUGCAUGACGGGCAAGGAGAUGUCCUCUGUGGUGGAGCCAGACAAACUCUCUAUGGUCAUGUACCUCAGUCAGUUCUAUGAGAUGUUUAAGGACACAGUGCCACCUGGAGAUAACCAAAAUCUGAGUCCAGAAGAGAAGGCUGCGUUGAUAUCGAGCACAAAGUCUCCCAUAUCUUUCCUUAGCAAGCUGGGUCAGAGCAUAGCAAUCUCCAGAAAACGAAACCCCAAGGACAAAAAAGAGAAGGAUUUAGACGGGAAGAGAAGGAAAACCAGCCAGUCUGAAGAUGACGAGGUAUCGAGGACCAAUCGUGACGACAGGCCAUCUGUUCCUGCGAUCCUGUCGGAGAGAAAAAUGGAUUCUGCUGCUGUGGGGAACAACAACAAAGUGAAGGUCAUGGCCACCCAGCUGCUUGCUAAGUUUGAGGAGAAUGCUCCCACUCAGCCUACAGGACUCAAACGACAGGGGGACUCGCUGCCCAAUCUGGACCGUCUUUUGCCCCCUUCCCCACCCCCUGUGAAAGAGCCAGUGCGUCUGGCACCUGUCCCAGCAUGGAGAAAGAGACGCACACAGCAGCAGGAGAAGCUGAGCAUUCGGUACAAAGAGAUGAUCAAGUGUCAGACGUUGCCCAGCAGAGGGGAACAGGCCAGAAGUGGCGCAGACCAGCUGUACAGCUCGGGCUCUCGGAGCUGCCCAAAGAAAACCAUUCUGCUCCCUUCUUCUUCCUCCACUUCCUCGCUCUCUCUCCACUCAGAGCAUGAAUGUAAAAGUCUGGAAGAAGAGGAACUUGAAUACUAUGAGAGGCCUCUGGCACACGGGGAGUGGAUGCCACUGCACCCAACUGACCCAGGACCCAUUCGCAUACCUGGUAUACAGGAGAGGGCUGAGCGCUUAAUCUCCAGGUUUAAAGGCAAACCCGAUAAACCACCAAAGCCUAAGAAAAAGCCGUCCCGUUUCUUUUUAGAGCAGUGGUACAUGUCCCGAGGCCUGACUGGGGCUCCUGGUUCACCACUCUCCUCUCUUGACUCUGCCAGAAAGAAGCCAGCAAAGCCUCUGGACUCUGAUGGCCAAAUGCCCUUGUGUGUGCUUAGUAUUCAGGAGAGGGCUGAUCAACUUGCUUUACAAUUUGAGGGCAAGCCAGUCAAACAACAGCCUAAGAAAAAGCCAUCAAGCUUUUUUAUGGAACAGUGGCGCCUGGCCAGCCCCCAGAGUCCCCCUGAUUCUCCCCCCACCACGUCUGACACCUUGAGACAGCAGUAUGUAAGGAUGUACACAGGGGGCGUUAGCUCAUUGACCGAGCAGAUAGCCAGUCAGCUUCAGUCUCCCAAGCCCACACAUGUACCUGAAAAGAGGGAUUUGGGCUCGCUCAGGAAAGAAUUCCCUGUCAACAUCGGAGGCAGCGAUGUUUGUUUCUUCUGCCGAAAACGCGUGUACGUGAUGGAAAGGCUGAGUGCCGAGGGGAAGUUCUUCCAUCGCAGCUGUUUCAAGUGCGACUACUGCGGCACGACUCUACGACUGUCCUCUUAUGCGUUUGAUGUCGAGGACGGAAAAUUUUACUGCAAGCCCCACUACUGUUACCGCCUGUCUGGGUAUGCUCAGAGGAAGAGGCCUGCUCCCUCUGCUGCUCCAGUCACAGCCAAGGAGAAUCAGACCCCCCAAAUACCUACUACGACCGUGGAUGCCCCUGGAAGGGCGAUGGCAGCAGCUGCCCCCUCGGCUGACCUCCAACCCUCAGUGCUGGAAGUGAACGGCCUGCAGGAACCGAGCCUAGCUAAACGCCUGAAGGGAACUCCAGAACGCAUUGAGCUGGAGAACUACCGUCUGUCCCUGCAGAGGGAGGAGGAGCUGGAGGAGGUGCCUGAGGAGACGCUGGCGGAGCACAAUCUGAGCAGUGUGCUGGACAAGGCCACAGAUGCUGACCUGGGUUCUAGUAGCUCAGAGUCAGACAUGGAAGAGGAGGACGAGCAGGAGGAUCAAGAAGAGGCGGAGGAGCAGCCUCCCAGCCCGUCAGACCUCGGCGGCGUUCCGUGGAAGGAGGCGGUAGAGCUCCACGCCAAGCUGAGGGGCGAUCACUGCGAGGAGGGAGAGGGUGAAGCUUUGGCUGACACACGCAGCAGAGAUGGGGAAGUAGAUGAAGAGGACGAGGAGGAGGAGGAUGAAAAUGAGGCCGAAGAAGAUGAGGAGUCGAGCGAAGAGGGGGAUUACUGGCCCUGGGAUAGAGAACUCCAGUCAGGCCUUUGGCUGGAGAAGUACCUUACAGACGAAGAGGAUGUUGGUACAUUUAAAGUGAGGAGUCUCCACAUCCAACAAGUCCUGCAGCCUGUGGAUCCCAGCGCCAUUCCAGGUUUGAGAGCACAUCUGGAGUCUGAGGGAGACAAGGAUGAUGGCCAGCUGGCCUCAGCCUCCCAACUCUCCCAGCCCUCUGAGCUCACGCAGCCCUCCUCUGCAGCCCCUGCCCACACGUCCGCCCGACACGAGGCAGUGAGAGUCUGGUUGGAGUCCCUGUCCGGAGAGCCCUGCGAAGAUGAAGUACUCGAAGCCGAAGCAGACGGUCCAGAUAUGGAGCCUGGCACAGAGAUGGAUCAGGAUGACAUCCCUUCGGAUGCGGAAGCUGAGGCUCGUUUGCACCAGUCGGAGCACGAUGAAGCGCUUCCCGAGGAAGACAAGAAAUCGGAAAGCUUGGCAACAGCUUCCAGUAUGGAACCAUCCAGCAUCGGCCUGCUGCAGAAGGACGAUAUCGUUCUUUUUCCGCUUAAACCAUCCCCAGAACCUGAAACCCAGAUAAGUCCCGUAAAAUCUCCUGGUCUCCGCUUUUUUCCUGAUCCUUUCAUACCUGAGGAAACAAAGCCAGAAAAGAUGACUCCAUCUCCAACUUCCAGGAGCCCGCUGUGCCCUUCACCUGCUCCUGUCCAGCAGUUGUCUCCUGUUCCCUCGCCUACUAAUGCUGCUGCUUCUACACCAGUUAAAACCCCAACUUCUGCUUCAUCUCCUCCUCUUUCACCCACCAAACCACCUGCUGCCUCUCCACUACAGCCACCCAGUGAGUCACCUCUCAAGUCACCAGUGAGCUCACCAAUUUGCUCCCAGCCUACACCCCUGCCCGAAACUGAAGGACCUAAAUCUCCCGUCUUUCCUCACCGCUCCAUUUGCCCUCUCACAGGAAACCCCCUCUCCCCGAUCUGUGCCCAGCCGCUGCCCUGCCAUGAACCCUCAUCACCCCUCACCUCUGAUUCUCCCGUCAGAACUCAGCCCGUCCCCGCAGUCACUUCAACGCCCUUGGCUAAAACCAACAUGGCCACGCCAGAGCCUUCAAAUUCCUCAACAGAAGAGACGCCGUCUAAAAAGACGGAUAUCAUUGAGGAGUUCUGGUUGAAGAGUGCUGAGAUAAGAAAGAGCCUCGGUCUGACUCCUUUGGACCGCAGUAGUAAAAUCUUAGAAAGGAGUGUUGUUAAGACUCCACCUCAGGACUCCAACUUCGCUAAGACACAAACAGCAGACGUGUCCGGGGAACAGAAGCCUGCCUUCACUGGCCGGGCUGUCAUUCGCAGACUCAACAUCACUCUCGAGGGUCAGGUCAUUACUCCUAUCGCUCCUGUUGAGCCCAAGAGCGAUGGCUCUGAUAAAAGAGACAUCAGCAGCAGCUCAGGCUUGGGCUUGAAUGGAAGUGUGGCCACAAGCCAGACGGUAAACAGUGACAGCUAUAACACGUCCGACUCGGCUAUGCUGACACCACCUUCCAGUCCGCCACCACCCGUGCCUGCUAAUCAGUCUCCAGCCGUGCUCAGGCAGCAGAGACACCAGGUGUCCUGGACCAACGGAACAGAAAAACUUCCAUCUGAGCAUGCCAAAGAGCCAGCAAAAGCCACUACCCCUGUUCCUGCACCCAGGACCCAGCUGAGCCCCGUAUCUGUGCCCAAACCAGCACCCAGGAAGGUCUCCUCACCUCAGGCAGCUCCAGAAACAACCCCGGUGGUCGUGAUGAGGGAGAAGAAGAGGGAGAAGCCACGGCCGCAGGAGACGAGGAAGUCAUUUGUGGAGACUGUGGAGGAGAUUCCUUUUGCUGACGAUGUGGAGGAGAGCUACGACGACCGGACACCAGACACAAGCAUGAACAGGUAUUACACUCCGCCCACGAGCAAGCCGAGCAGGGAAAAACCUCCCCUUCAUCUGGCACUAGCAAUGGAAAAUGGUAAACCCAAUAUCCCAGUCAACCCAGUCUCUAAGACCCAGAGGGCAACUCAGUUCUCUCCAGAAGCCAGGGAGAUUGCAGAGGAGAGGAUAAGGGCCAGAGAAAAAUCUGUCAAGAGCCCGGCUCUAAAAGAAGCUAUGGCCAAACAGUUGAGCAAAAUGAAAGAGUCCGAUGGGGAAAAGGGCGCCUCACCUAAAGUGGCCUGGAAUGUAACACCAGACACUGUUGGAAAAAGUAAAAAGUCAGCUGCAUCUCCAAAGACAUCAGCUGUGAAAGCUUUAGAGUCAAAGAAGUCCGAGGCCCUGUCGGAGCGUUUCUUUAGCAGUAACAAGAGCCUGGACAGCUCGGUGGCUUCGUCAGACGGCUCCUCUACAAGUAAAAGUAAGAAACGAAGCUCCCUCUUCUCCCCGCGGAAAAACAAGAAGGAGAAAAAAGCCAAGAACGACAGCAGCAGGCUCUCGGGCGCAGAUGAGACGCCUCCAAAACACAAGUCUCUGUGGAAGGCUGUCUUCUCAGGGUACAAGAAGGACAAGAAGAAGAAGGAUGAUAAGUCGUGCCCGAGUACACCGUCGUCCAGCUCCACUACUCAGGACUCUGGGAAGAGAAGGACAUCACCUCUUGGGAGAUCUUCAGUAGACUUGAAAACUCGGAGAAACCUGAGUUUCUCCGAAGAUUCCGACCUGUCCUGUGACGAUGUUCUGGAAAGAUCCUCCCAGAAGUCCAAAGCAGAUAGGCAUGUGGACAUCUUUGACCUAGUAUCAGGCAUGCAGAAGGAGGCAAUAAAGGAAGAGACACUGGAAAAGGAGAGGAGGAGGGAGUUGAAGGAAAAAAGGGGGGUGAAAGAGAGGCAUAAAAAAAGGGGACAGGAGAAGGAGGUUAAGCGAGAAAUGGAGAAAGACGACGAGGAGUCUGUUUAUGUCCCUCACGCACUGGCGUUCAAGAGAUCGUAUGCCACAAAGAAAACCUACACGGAGGAAGAGCUUAAUGCCAAGCUGACGCGUCGAGUCCAAAAAGCUGCACGACGACAGGCCAAGCAGGAGGAACUGAAGCGGCUCCACAGAGCCCAGAUCAUCCAGAGGCAGUUGGAGCAGGUGGAGGAGAAGCAGAGGCAGCUGGAAGAGAGGGGCGUAGCUGUGGAGAAAGCUUUGAGAGGAGAAGCAGGAUUGUAUAAAGGUACUUGUACAUUACCCAAACAGCACAAAAGAAGAUCAGACUAUUGGGGAGAUUCUAAUUACAGUGAAAUCCUGGACUUGCAUCUGGGCGUUGAGCCCUUUGUGGGGAUGCCUCGCCGAAGACCGCUCUCCUUCUGCCCCUGCUGUUCCCCUGAAGGUAUGGGUAAGAAAGACGAUCCUAAACUAAUGCAAGAGUGGUUCAAGCUGGUGCAGGAGAAAAAUGCCCUAGUCCGCUACGAGUCCGAACUCAUGAUAUUUGCCAGAGAGUUGGAGCUGGAGGACAGACAGAGCCGACUGCAGCAGGAACUCAGGGAACGGAUGGCCGUGGAAGACCACCUGAAAUCUGAGAAGGAACUGGCUGAGGAGAAGCAGAUCCUGAAUGAGAUGUUGGAAGUGGUGGAGCAACGAGAUGCCCUGGUUGCUCUCCUGGAGGAGCAGAGACUUCGAGAGAAGGAGGAAGACAAGGACCUGGAGGCUGUUAUGCUCUCUAAAGGCUUUAACCUCAACUGGGCUUGAUGUGAGGGGAAUCAUUUCAAGUUUUCGACUGCUCGUAGGCGGUCUCAGUCUCACGUGGGCGUCUUUGAUGUGGAUAUAUCUGCUGAACUUUGACACAGGCAUUUGGCCUAAAACUGUCACACCUAGAGCAGCGAAUGUGUGAAGAACCCCAACAACAUAAUAUGUACACUACGGCUGCCUGUGAUGUUGGAGCAGUCUGCAGCGUUUACAUAUCCCCUGCCCAAAGGCAGUACAUGUUAAUCACUUUGCAGUUAUGCUUGCUGUCUCAGUCUGUGGGUGGAGACGUGGUGUGUAUAUUCACAACUUUAACAUCUCAACCUUGAAAAUUGUGGCGGGGGGUUAGGAGAGCGUUUAAAGACUUUGUUCUCCACUAUUUAAAGGGAAGAAUGAAGAUUGGUCCUGCUGAUGUACAGGAAUUGUAAAAACAAAAAUGGGAGGGGGUAUAAUCGAGUCCCAUUUUCAGUAGAUGAGGGUCCUCGGUCUUAGUGCUGCAGAGGUGUGUUUUAAAUGUCAGAGCAAGGUCUCCUAGCUCGCUCUUUUCAGUCCGACUGUAGAACGGACUCUGCUGAAGCUGCCUUUUUUUCUCCCUAGUGACAAACUCACAUCAGCAUCCUUCAGAAACCACAAAUGCAUCAUAAAACGCUCCGGGGUUGUUGUUGUUUUCUUUCCUUUCCCCCUGCAGAGUCUGUCACCACUAUGAAUCCAUUAAAUAUGUCCAUGUUUAUGUAUUUAUUACCAUGUUUUGCUUUUAACAGUUAAAAAAAAUGGUUUUGUUUUAAUUUUAUUUGUAUUCACAGGAGAGUGCCCAGAAUCUCAUUAUCUCGCAUAUCUCUUUUGUAUCUCGCAUACAUGCCGCUGCAUGUCAGGAAUUAUGGCUUCAGGCACAUAGAAGACUUGGAUGCAAAUAUUUAAGCAUUUCACAUGAGUUGAUGAUGAUGAUGGGCCUCUCUGUGAGCUCUCAUUGGCUGUGUAUCACACUGACCGUUAACGUUUACAAGUAUUUGUUCACAUUUUGGUUCCUGCUUUGUUAAACAGUAGAAACAAUCCUCGGGAUAGACUGUAUUAACAAUGGGAUGUUACUAACGACCUGAUGUUACUGUUGUUAGUAUGGGAGGACUUACUGUGGGGAAGAGAGAACACUACACAACUAUAUACUGCAGUGUUAAUACUUUAGCUUUGAAAAAGAUGCCUUUUCAUUUCCAUUCUAUAAACUUAAGUUUUUUUUUUUUGUUUAGAUUUUUUUGAGGUAUCCAAUAAUCACAUCUGUGUGUUCCACUGGAGCUCUUUUUUUAAAACAACACUUUUCUACAGCAGGUCCCCAAACUACACAUAAAUGGGACCCUAAAGAACUGCACAAGCUACAUUGAAUGAGAAUAUUGGUUUGGUUUAUCCGUUGGACAUCCUUGGCGGACUAGUAGGCCUCUUUGCCAAUUGUACAAAUCCAGGUGGGCACUGUUUUACAGUGUAGAAAUGUCAGAGGCUAUAUUUAUGACUUGUUUGGAGCUGUGAAUAUUACACAAUUUUAUGGGCUGUUGUUUUAGAUUGUGUGUUCCAAGGUUGACAUGAUUGUAUUGAUAUUUAUUAACCUGUGCAAAUUGUAUCAUAUGUAAAGAAAGUGAAUCCUAAUUUUUAAAACUACUCUGUCGACAAACGACUUGUAAUGUAAAUGCUUCAUGUAGCUAAAAUUCAUAGGGGUGUUGGAUGUAUGCUGAAGACGGCAAUAAACGAUGCAGUUCUUUUA